AUGUCCUUUGCUCAACGCUACGACAACCUUCAUUCCUCGCCAGUCUCUUCGUCCGCCUCGCUGGCAGCAUUGGACUUCCCUAUCGAUACCGCUGUUGCUUUGCAAGUUAAGCGUGGACUCCCGACUAAGCAGAGGUUGAAGGCAAAGGUAGCUAGGCGUGCGCACGAUACAGGCCCUGCUCUUCACUCUGCACGACCGCCUCCUCUUCUCUCUCCUCGUCGGCCCUCUUUAACGAAACAACCACGCAAGGUCAUCGUUCCUCAAAAUCAUCGCUUCCAGUCUCGUGCACCUUCCACCGCCACUCUCUCACGUCAAUCUAUAACCUCUACGCAGCAAUACUUGGAUCCCUUCCUCUCCAUUAGCGGGCGUAUAAGGCCUGAUGAAGACCCUACCUUGGUGUUGCCGUGUUCCAGUCCUUGUACUCCUGCCCUCCGAUCCACUUCUGUGUCUUUCGAAGCCAACGAUAUAAUUUCGCUUGUCCAAGAGCCUUCUGCAUUAUCCUUACUUGCAACCGUCGCCUUUGAUGCCUCCUUUCUUCCUAAACCUCCAGCGAAGCACCAACCACCCUCGGACUUGGCAGUGCUCGCUUGUGUAGCUGCAGCACAACCACUUCCACUCGCACAGCCCAGCAACAGACGACGCCCAUGGGAGCUGUAA